AUGUCGGUCAAGGUCCUCGGUGCAGGGGCCAUGGGGUCCCUUGUGGCACAUGAGCUUGCUAAAAUCGGAAAAGUCGCUCCGACUUUGCUCUUCAAGUCGAAGCAGCGCCUCGAUCUGUACCUUCAAGAAGGGUCUAAAAUCACAGUAGUGAGACCUGACUCUGGCACUAUGGACACUUCUGUCGCCAAAAUCGAUGGUGCGCUUGCGCCAAACCUAGAACGAAAUCAUGAGCGGAUUGAAAAUCUCGUUGUUUCAACGAAAACUUAUGCAACGGUUCAUGCCCUCAGCCCAUACGUUCCCUAUCUAGAUGAAAAUUCAAAUCUCCUCAUACUUCAGAAUGGCAUGGGUAUGGUAGACACAUUGAAACGCAAAUUCUGGCAGGAUUCACAAAAUAUGCCCGCCUUUUACGAGGCCAUCUCCUCUCACGGGGCGUUCAAACUGACACCAAAUGUCGUGAACCACGUUGGAUAUGGCAAAUUGACAAUUGCACCAGCCUUCGGCAACAAAACAGCGCUCCAAGAACCACCGCUAAUGGUGCAUGCUCUCCUUGAUUGCGACAAGCUCAAUGUAAGUUAUGUUUCACAGGAUGAGAUGCUCCUCACCCAAAUGGAGAAAUUAGUGGUGAACGCUUGCAUCAACCCACUAUCGGCGUUGCUAGAUUGUUUCAAUGGUGACUUGAUGUUGGGAGUCCAAGUGGUGCCGAUAAUGAAAAGAGUGAUCCAGGAGGCUGUAGGAUGCUUUCGUGCUGAAUUUGACACCCAAUUAAGUGCGAUCAGCGGUUCUUCAACGGUACUAGAUCCUGACCACCUUCUAAAUACCGUCUUGGAGGUUUGCAAGGCUACUUCACAAAACAGCUCCUCGAUGAGAGAGGAUGUCAGAAGGAUGCAGACGACCGAAAUUGACUCUAUCAACGGGUACCUUGUGGGGCUCGGAAAAAAGCACAGCAUUCCUACCGCCACGAACAAAAUGUUGGUAUCCAUGAUACACAACAAGAUCUCAAUCGAGCGUGGCAUUGAGAAGUCUGCUUUGCAGAAUCUAUCGGUUUAA